GCGAGCAUCGGACAUGAUAAAGUCAAACCAUUCCCGCAACCAGAGCCUGUCACAAUUUCCGAAAAGGCUGCCGUCACGUUCAAACCGCAGCUCCUCAUCACAAACGGCUGCCACUCGUACCCUGCAGUCAACGAAGCCGGCGAAACUAGCGGUGGAUUAAGCCCGACUGGAGGAACCAGCGCGAAAUGCGGUGGCUCGGCCCUCGGCUCGCAGGUGUACGGCCGUUCCAAGUGGUACAAUGACAUUUGGGCCAUGUACUCUUGGUACUUCCCCAAGGACUCCCCGUCCAGCGGACUUGGAACUCGCCACGGUUGGGAGAACGUCAUCGUCUGGAUCGACAACCCCGCCGUCCCUGCGCCCAAGAUC